AUGGAUGUUCCUUGCCCCAAUGAACAAGCGUAUAAUUUCUGUUUUUGCACACAUAUUUUCAUUGAAUUGUUUCGAAAUUUACUGAUUUUUAUUUCUCGUUCUAGAUCGGCUGGGUUUUACUCUCCAACUGGACUAGAUCCAAAUUUAGUGGAAAUCAAACCAAUUAGGCCGGUACGUCCAUUUGUUCCGGCUUCUUAUCUAGGACGUGCAUUUGAACAUAAAAGACUACCUUAUAGACCUUUUAACAGAAGAACUGAUAGAGCAGUCGAGUAUAAACCUUUCUACCUCUUCAUCUAUUUCAUAUAUUUUGUAAUUUUGUCUGUUCUGUAAUAUUUCGUGGUGAGCACCCUGCAUGGGACCUGGUCUCGUUUGUGUUUCGCCUCUUUUGGUUGUUUGAAGUUGUCCCAACCUAGACCUAGGCCUUUACUCGGCUGGCUUUGGCAGGUAUCUUUGGCAGGUUUGGUCAAUUUCCGGCUAGCAUUUGGCGCAAUUGUUUGCCAGUCUUUUCAUGUGAAAAAGCGCUGAAUUUAAAAAAAUAUAAAUAAAAAUAGAAGGCCUAGGUCUAGGCUGAAGUUGUCCAUAUGUUUCUUAAUAAAUGCAGUAAACGUAUGAAGUGUGCCUUGAAAAUAGAUGAAAGAAUAAAUCUGAUAUCUUUUUUAUCCAGCCACUAGAUCCAUUGCUUGCACAGACAUUAUCCGAGUCACCUGACGACCAACUAAUCCGACACCAUGAGUAUCACAGUCCACACGAGUCUAAGAUUGCAGCUGCCAUGAGAUUAUCACAGGAGAAACUAUCCAAUCAGUUGGGAACAUCACAUGGUGCUAAGACGAUGACCUUGGCUGAGCUUGCUGGGUCAAGUCCAAAGAAACGGGUAUAUACAUUCUCAUUUCUGGAACCAUUUUUGUAAUAUAUAGUUGUGUAUUAUAAUUUCAUCUCCCGAGAAGAGUGUUUUUCAUUUGACUCUGACAAAGACCACAGGUUUGUUUCUAGGUACCCAAAUUUUCUUCUCCGGUACCACUGAUGUAACCGGGUAAAGACCUAACUAAAAUUAUCAUGUUUUGUGAUUGGCUUUCAGAAACAAAAAUGAUCAUUGUUCGUGACUCGUUCUUUAAAAAGACGAUAUCUAUAGUUUUAUUGUCUUUCAUUGUUAUAAUCAACCAACCACGAGCCUGGAUAGUAUAGGUAGAUGAUGACCCAUGUAACAAGGGAUGAGCCAUACCGGACCUCUGGGGAGAAGAAUUAAGAAGUGAUGGAACUAUCCAGUAUUAAUAAAUUUUGUUUAGUUCAGCUUUUCCUCUGGAGAGAACAGUUUAGAACUGAUACAGCUACCCAGUAAAUAAGAAAUUAGUUUAAUUUCCCGCAUAAAUAAAACAAGAAGAUAACCGUACAGAAUUUUUCAUGUUUUCUUUAGGAGCAAUCCUCUCUGUUCCCAACUCUUAAUUCCGCAGCACCGCGAUCGACCAGCCGCUCGUCCGUUCCUUCGUCGUCCGCAUCUCCCUUAAACGCUUCUCGCACAUCUACACCGGAAGUGAUAACAGAAGAAUCGUCUCCUCUCAUGGACAACUCCGCUGGUUCAUUGGUUCGCCAUAGCGAGUUCUACAAAGGCUCGACUAGCGGGAUACGACGUCCAUCUUCUGAGAUCUCAUUUCAGGCGCCUCGAGAACGAGGCGGAUCCACCCUCUCUGAUUUAAUACAACAGGGGAAUGUCGAUAAUGAUGUAAGUAGUGAAUAAAAAGGAGCAUUUGAUCUAAUAGUUCUAUCAGUUCUCCAUAAAGUUCCUAACAUGUAUUUUGAUAAUAUUUCAGAGUCUUCUUGGAAGUGAUUUGAGCGUAAAUGAAGGAUGGAUGGUAAGAUGUACUCUCGUGCUAAACCGAACAUUAUCUAUAUACUGGAUAGCUCUAUCACGUGUAUUAUUGCACUUCUAUGUACUAUUUAGUGUUUUAUAUCUGAUAAAACACUCCUACUCGUGUUUUAAAUAGCUUAAAAUACGACUACAAAAGAAUACUAAUUAGGAUGAACAAUUAUAUAAAGAAUACUGAUGAAGAUGAGUUUUAUCAGAUAUAAAGUCACUCCACGUGACAUCAUAGUUAAUAGAAGAGAUGGUUUGGAAACUCAUUAGAAUGACAAUAUAACUCAUUAUCUAUGUUAGUCAACGUUUAUUCAUAAAUCUGGUCCUUCACCGUCACGUGUGUAUUGUAUUUUUGCCCAACUAACCAAUAGCAAUGCUUUAGGAAAGUUACCUAUCCAUGACUCGAACAAUAGGGUAAAUUGGAAAUUGCUAUUGGUGGAUUUGGCAAAAAUACAAUACACACGUGACAGUGAAGGACCAGAUUUAUGAAUAAACGUUGACUAACAUAGAUAAUGAGUUAUAUUGUUAUUCUAAUGAGUUUCCAAACCAUCUCUUCUAUUAACUAUGGUGACAUAUUAUGGCUGACAUGUUUGCCAAAAGGUUUAUGAAUUAUUAAAGAGUAUUUUAACAUAUUAUACAGGGAAGUCGAGAGAGCAUCUACAGUAACGAUGGUGUCUAUGGCAACCAUGAUGUGAGCGGAGAAAUACUACUUAGUUACCAGUACUUUAAAGGGAGUUUUAAAGUGAAGAUAUUUGAAGCUCGUGGGUUGACUGCUGUUGAUAAAAACACAUCAAACCCGUAAGUCGUAUAAAAGAUUCAAAAUAGUCAAUCAUAAGGCCCAUUUAAAGGUCCAGACACACCGGACGCGAUUCGACAACACAACGCGAUUUUUCGAUUUUCACUGACCAAUAACUUUGAUCCUACUGUAGUUUAAAUUUUCCAAAUAUUUAGAAGCGCUAUAACAUUUUGAGUUAUUUGGUCAACAUAUCUUUUAAAAUUUCCUCAUUGCGAAUUAGUAAAUGAAUAAUUUUUUACUAUACUCCUGUUUCAGAAAGCAAAUGAAAACUCCGACGGAAUUAAAUGUAUUAUUAGCUACAUUAAUUGCCGUAACUUUUAGUCAACUUAAUAUCUCAAGGUAUCAUCACUCUGAGACAACAUCACAAACAUAUAAUAUCUGAAUAUUUUGAAGGUACGUCAAGGUGUACUUACUGCCAGAUCAAAGUCGAACAGGAAAACGGAAAACAAAAAUGAAACACGCCACGCUUGAUCCUGAAUUCAAUCAAGAAAUGCUGGUAAUUAUAUUAUAUAUUGGAAUAUAAAACUUUUUCAAUACUGAAAUUAUACUAAAAUAAUUAUAUAGUCGCCUCAGGCUCGGUGAUAACAAGCCUAUAUUGACUUCGUCUUCGGCUCAGUGAAUCAAGGCUUGUGAACACCUCGCCUUCAAGGACUAAUUGUUAAAUAGCGCCCCACUAUAACAAAACCUUCGCUUUUGUGCACUAACCGUGAAAUAUUUAAUUGAUGUGUUUUUCAUUUCCUAGUACAAAAUAAGCACAGCAGAUUUAGUAAGACGUACAUUAUGGAUCAGCGUCUGGCACUAUGAUAGGUUUGGUAGGAAUGAAUUUCUGGGAGAAGUACAAAUUCCUCUUGGUGAUUAUCAAGGUUCCGAAGUGGCACCCGACUGGUAUCCAUUAGUACCAACGGUAAGUCAAUGAUCUUGUGUAUGUGUUAACUAACUCCACACUCUUGUUGUUUCUGAUAGUUAUAUUUGUUCUCAUAAAUUAAGUUAUGUUAUUGUAUAUUUAUAUAGUAUUUGUAAAAUGGGGCCCACAGUAAUUGGUUUCUAUACUAUUGUGGUGACCCUGCAUGCCACUCUUUUAUGUGGUAAAGUUAAAAUAUAGAAAUAAUAGUUAAAUGCAAGACUACGAGCAGCGUUACAUUUGAAGCAGAUUGAUUUCCAGGUCCGAGGAUUUUUAGAUUGAUAUAUUGAUAGCAGUAGCGUACUAUCUGUAAAGUAAAUAUUGAAAUGUGGAGAAGGAAAGAGACUAUUGUUCACGUUUAUUAGGAAGAAUGUUCCAUAUUCUUGUUGUGCUGCUGUUGAAGGAGGUCUGCUAGGUUACAGUCUUGCAUUUCUUAUUACGGAACAAGAUAAGGUCUGGAUUGCUUGUUAAUAGAAUACAUCUUUUCUAGCAAUCCAAAGCUAGUGAAAACGAGCAAGGUGAACUUGUGGUCGCCCUAAUGUACUCACCGGCGGACAAGAAACGCAAGUCAGGCCAGGGAGCUGGGAAACUUUAUGUGAAAAUAAUUGAAGGAAAAAAUCUCCCUGGCAAAGAUGCUGAUGGUUUGUCUGAUCCAUUUUGUAAAAGGUAUGAAGAAUAG